AUGGAAGGAAAUGGUAAUCAAAGGGCCAGGGAAGAAGUACCUGCAACAACAUCCGAUGAAAAUGAGAAUUGUGAAGUCAGGUCUAGUGACGAAGAGGAAAUCAAUCAUGGUGGUUCAUCUUCGAGUUCACGAAAAUAUAGCCGUUACACACGAGAGCAAGUUGAAGAACUUGAAAAUUUCUUCAAAAAGAACCCUCACCCUACCGAGAAAGAAAGGACUGAAAUUGCAAAUAAACUCAAUAUCACUAUCAAUAAGGUUAAAUUUUGGUUCCAGAAUAGAAGAACUCAAUUGAAGAGUCAAAAGGAGCGCAGUGAGAAUGUGAUUUUGAAGCAAGAGAACGAGCAACUGAGGCUUGAUAAUUUAGCAAUGGCAGAAGUCCUAAAGAACCCGCUUUGCAACAAAUGUGGUGCACAAGCAACAAUACCAGACGGGUCCAUUCACAAACACAAAGUCGUGAUAGAGAACACACGGUUGAAAGAGGAACUUAGCCACAUGGCUAAUUUCGCCAGUCAUGUCAGUCAAAUGUUUGGUAUACCAUUGCCAAACAAAGUGACAAUUCCUGGUGACCCUUUAAACCCAAUCAUGAGUCGAUCACUUAUGGACUACGACAUACCCAUUCAAAGGAAUGAAUAUCUUGUGCAAGCAUCAAGAGCCAUGGAAGUGCUCUUAAAGCUUGGGAAUGUCAAUGCUCCACUAUGGAAUAGAAACAUAGAAGGUGGAGGAGAAACCCUUAAUUUUGUUGAAUAUGAAAGGGCUUUUCCUCCUUCCCUUGGCACAAAACCACCUGGAUUCAUAUCUGAGGCUACACGGGCUAGGAGCGUGGUACCGAUGACUAGCUCAACCCUUGUAGAAGCAUUACUCAACGCGGAUCAAUGGAGAGAAAUGUUUAUAGGCAUUAUAGGCAGUUGUACUACAAUGGAAGUGAUUUCCAAUGGUACAGGAGGCUCAAGAAAUGGUGCUCUCCAACUUAUGAAGGCCGAAAUUCAACUCAUUUCGCCUUUAGUGCCAGUUCGAGGGCUUAAGUUUAUUCGAUUUGCCAAACAGCAAGCACAGGGGCAAUGGACUGUGGUUGAUUUGUCAAUCGAUUCAAGAAUUGAAGGACACAUGACAAGAAGGUGUCCUUCUGGUUGUAUCCUACAUGAUAUGCCAAAUGGUUUCACCAUGGUUACGUGGAUCGAACAUACCGAAUACGAUGAGCAAUCGGUCUCCCACCAGUAUCGUCAGUUAAUCAACUCGGGUGUGGGCUUCGGUGCACAAAGAUGGAUUAGUGCACUUUUGAGACAUUGUGAAAGCAUAACAGCCAUCAUGUCUCCCACCCUCAACCACCACCUGCUUCAAGAUACAAAAAGAAGCUUAAGAGGCCUAGCACAACGCAUGAUGAGUAUCUUUUGUGGUGGGGUUUGUUUAACCGAUGGUCAACAAUGGGAUUUGGUUGCGGAUCAUGCACCGAAAAGACCAAGGAUCAUGGCACACAAUUACAUAAGUGGUUUUGGUGAACCAAUGGGAAUAGUCACUAGUGCAACCUAUUCAGUCUGGAUACCCACAAAUCACCAACACCUGUUUGAUAUGUUGAAAACAAAAGACAGGUGCAUAUGGGAUGUGAUAUGCCAUAGGAUUGCCGCUAGAAACAUGAUCCAUUUACCGUUGGGCCAAGAUGAAACAAGUCCUAACUGCAUCUCCAUUUUAUAUUCCAAUAUGGAAAGGACAACCGAAGACGAUCAGGUUAUGGUGCUGCAGGAGACAAUCAGUGAUAUGACGGGAUCACUCAUUGUCUAUGCAACUAUAGAUUUCCCAACAGUAUCCGUGGUGAUGAAUGGCGAGGACAUUUCUUCGGUGGCUCUCUUGCCAUCAGGGUUAUGUAUAGUCCCAGGAUAUGGUGAAGACGGUGCAGGUGGUGAACGUGGAUCAAUGGUGACUGUGGGGCUCCAACUAUUGCACCCAGAUAUAACUACCUCAAACAUGAUCACAAUGGAAACCAUCAUCAUGAUAAACGAUCUGGUGGCACGAACAGUUCAGGGAAUCAUAGAAAUUGUUUGA